CAUUGUUUAUAAGAAAAGACAUAAAAAUUUUCUCCUAAAGAAAAAAAUAAAUUAUUCACAGAAAAAAGCAUAUAAUUAAGCUAGAAAUAUAUUUUAACUAUAGUUUACAACGUAUAUAAUGUGUGGAAAGUGAAGGAUAUAUGUAAGAUAAAAAAGUUGUACAAUAAAUUUGUGUUUUUUUGAUCAUCCGUUUUGCAAUUUUGAGAAAAAUCUAAUUUCAAAGUGAUUCAUACUAAUUUAAUGGGAAAUUAUUAAGAUAAAAUAUCAAAACGAGUUGCUUAUCAAUAUUCUUGUGUAUUAUAGUGUAAAGAAAUAAAGGAAAACGAUAAAACAUGAAAAUUGUGUAAAUCAAGAGAAAAAAAAAGUUUGCGUAGGAGUGCUUAUCAGAGAGAAGAGAAAAUUAAUAGACAUGUUAAGUGUACACAAAAAGUCUAUCGGGUAAAAAAGUCAGAAACAUCUUUCCGAUAUUUUUGUGAAAUGUGCAAAUGUAAACUAUAUUUUAAAUGAUCUCAGCCUAUUAAUAUAGAAAAGUUGAAAAGAAACCCGUGCAUAAAUUGAAGUUUUGUUGGAAACAGGCAAAUUUGAAUGUUUAAUAAAAACCCAACCCUUUGAGAAAUUGAUUCAUUUGUACGUACAGAAAAAAAGAAAGGAUACAUAAAAUACUCAUUCGUCACACAGUGUGCUUUAUGAGAUUUAGUGAACCCCUAUUACGCAAAAUUAAAGAAGAAAACAAAAGGAGAUAUUAAAGAGGGAAAAAAUUUGUCCAAUAAUAUUAUAAUUGCCGUCACGCAUACACGUUCAUCAAAAAAUAAUAAUAAUACUUUAAAAAAUACUAAAGCGGCAUAAAGAAUUGGUCAGCUGUCGAGGAGAGUUAUUAAGUGAAAUGUCAAAGAAACCAUCUAUCAAUGAUAGUACAUAUGAAAAUAUUACUCAGCAUACCACAGCAAUAUUAAAUAAUAGUAAAGACCAAGAUGAAAAUGAUGACGAUUAUGUAUCAUCAGAAUCACAGAAUUUUAAAGUAAAUAAUAAUAGUAUUGAAAGUCUGGAUUGUGAUACACCAACAACGAUGAAUAAUUUAGUGAAGCAUAAAGAUGCGCUUUAUGCGACACCUUUAAGAAAAACUGAACGACAUAAAUCAAGAAAAUCCCCAGGACCAGAUAGUGAAAAAAUAAGUAAUAUUAAGCAUCACCUAAAUGGAUCUGAAGAUGUAGAAUUAAAGAAUUUGAUGGACCGAACAUACUUGAAUAGCGAACUCGGAGAAAAUCGAAUAAAAGAUUUCUUAAAAGAUACAGCUCACAUGCAUAAGAAAAUAGAACCGCCGGGAAAAGAGCACAUUGGAUCAAGUUUUUCAUAUUUGGCUCGUAAAGAACAUUUUGUAAAUUUAGUACAUCAAAACAUUUUAAAAGAUCAACCAAAAGAAGAACCGCCUCAAGAUAAUUUACAAAUUGAAGGAGAUUUAGAGAAAGAUCUUAUAACUUUAGAUGAAUCAUUUGAACCAUGUGGAGAUCUGGAAGAAACAGAGAAACUAAUAAAUAAACUUGUAGAUUUUCAAAAUAAGAUAGCUUUACAAGCUCAACAAAUCGUUCCGUCAUCACCAAAUUUUUCAGCACGUUUUACUUCAACUAAUGUCGUUAAUAUAAACCUUAAUCGUGAAUGGGUCUUAAAGAAAAUAGCAAUGUCACUAGAGCAAAAAGGGAACAAGAAAUUGCCACCAAUACUCCCAGAAUUAGCAAAUGUUAAUCAGCAGCAAUUGAUGCAAAAUGCAAAUUUACCUGUUGUUGGUUACCUCGUAUUAGGAAGUAAUGGAAGCGGGAAAACUUCGAUUUGUAAUGAUAUAAUUAAUGGAAAUAAUGGUACCAAAGGAAUGUUAAAUCGACGUUUGAUGUCAUUUUAUUUUGUGAAUAGUCAAAAUCCAGAUUGUCAUAGUUUAAGCACAUUUAUCAGAAACAUGGCAUUGCAGAUUCUAAGUUUCUCGAGUUUGUGGAGUAAAAAUGAGACUGAUGAAAAUGAGAAAAAAGAUGAAGACAAAAGAAUUGUGCAACUUACUGAUCAGAUUGAUGGCUCACCGGCUGCCAUCGAUCAUGAACUUGAAGAAAUGAUUAAAAAUGAAAUUCAAUUAAACGAACGAGUAGCUGAGUUUUGUGAAAACAAGAAACAGAUUUUACGUCAAAAAUCGGAACCAACAACAGACGAUAAUCAAACGGAUGAUGCGUCUAAAUACUCAACACAUCCGCUCAUACACAAGCAGAAUGAAAAGAAAAUUUCCCCAACUACCAAAGAUGAAAAGACAGAUGGAACAAAAAGUGAGAAAAAUAGUCCGAGUAAAAAAAUUUCGAAAAUUCCAGUUAAAAUAGGAAAUCAAAAAUCAUCAAAAAACAGUUCUAACAGCUCAUCACCUAUUCAUCAAACAACAAAAAAUGAGGAAACAAAUACAUCAACAACACCAAAUGAAUCUGAAGAUUCGAUUCAAAUCGGUGGAGGAGAAGCUAUUGCAGAUAUUAAUGAUCAAAAAUUAGAAGAAGAUAUUGCUAAUGAACUUAGAGAAGCUAUAGAAGAUGAUAUUACAAAUACGGUUGAUAUUCCAAACAAUGAUAAUAAUAUUACUAUAAAUGAAAAUGAAAAGGAUGAUGAACCAUUAUCAGAACGUCCACCGCCAUUACCUAGAGAAAAAGAUUGUCGUACAAUUUUAGCUGAUGCUUAUUAUAAUAUGAUGUCACAAAAUUCUGAAAUUUUUGAAUCGUUGAUUGUAGAUAAUAUUGAAAAGAAUCCUGACGAUUGUUUCAAAAAAGCUAUUCUAUUCCCACUUCUUGAACUCAUACCGCCAAAGAGUGCAUUGCUGAUGCUUGUUGAUUCGAUAGAUGAGAACUAUCUUAACGAUGGAACAUUAAUAACAACAUUGAAACGUAGAAAUAAUACAAAAAGUAGGAAUAUUGCUGAAUUGCUUUCGAAUCACAUCCACUUACUCCCGAAAUGGCUCUUUUUAGUAUGUACAGCUAAAAAACAAAAUAAACAUAUUGUGAAACUUUUCUCAGGCUUUAAGAAGCUUACACUAGACGAUUUAAGGAAAUCUCAUGUUGUGAAAGAUGUUCAGCAAUACAUUAUCAACAGAUUAAAUGCUGAUUUUCGUGGUAUCAAUCUUAAUAAAGAGAUUAUUGAUAGUUUAAAUCAGCUUUACAUUAAAUCUAAUGGAUGCCUACUUUAUCUACGAAAAGUACUAAACGGUAUUAAAGAAAACUUUUUUACUUUUCGUGAAAUCAAAUUAAUUCCGUGUACACUUUAUGGAUUAUUUUUGUAUCUCUGUCAAAAAUCAUUUAACAAAAAGCAAUACACGAAAAUUCGUCCAAUUCUUAACAUUUUAUUGGCAUGUAGUGAUGCUGCUGAUAAAGAUUUUGUUUAUAAUUGCUUGAAAACCCAUAACUAUACAAUUGAUUAUGAAGAAUUCGAGCGUCGGUUGGCGUUGAUGAAAAAUAUAUUGGAAAUAGACGAGGAACGUGGAACGAUAAAGAUUUUCCACAAUUCUUUCUGCGAGUGGCUAAUUGAUGUAAAGUUUAGCACUAAAAAAUUCCUUUGUGACAUAAACGAGGGACAUUUAAUGAUUGCAAUGUAUUAUACCUUAAUAACUGACCAAUUAUGUCCAAAUCGCAUUCGGGAUUAUAUUCAUCAUUUGAUAAAAACGGCUGAAUAUUUGACUUCGAAAAAUUCUCAAUUGGACGUGCUUAUGAUACUUUUGGAAUCGAGGGCAAACCUAAGUGAUUGCUUCUAUACCAAUUCUUUCAAUUGCUGCAAAAAUUGUGAAACUGAUUUUGAAUUUGAUAUUAAUCAAUCGUAUAGGACUAGAAAAUUGAUGCAAUUCUAUUUAAGUGGAAGACUGUCAAGAGAUUUUUGUAGCUUUAUUGGUGACUUCUUUAAGCCAAGCCUUCCAACUGAUCAAAAAAUAUUAAAAGUUUUAAUGGAAACUGGUAUUAAUAAUUUAGACUCGCAGUUAUCAUGUGAGUCAUCAAAUGUCAAUUCGCCAAUUCCAUCUGAUAAAUCUCAAACAAUUGAUUCCGAGUUGGCAGAACUAUUAAUAUCAAGCGAGAAAAGUUGUAAUGUAGAGCAAAAAGUGACAAAUGUCGAUACAACAAUUUCUCAACAACCAUCAGUAAAUGACAACAGCUCAACAGUACAAUAUGAACGGCUAGAUGUCGAAAUGCAUAAAGGAAAAGCUUUCAUUCAUGUUUUAGCAAACGAUGGAAAUCACGUGCUAAUGGAACGAGCAUUACGUGCUUGUAAAGGCCCUGUUGAUUUGGAAAUUGAAGAUCACAAUGGGCAAACAGCACUAAACAUUGCUGCUCGAAACGGUCACCUCGAAAUUGUCAGACUUCUUUUAGAGUUUGUAUGGGUUGAUCCAGUUUCAAACCGACGAAGGGUAGGAGUUGAUGUUAAUCAUGCUGAUCGAGACGGUUGGAGUCCAUUGCGUUCGGGAUCAUGGGCCGGGUUCACUGAAGUAUGUAAGACAUUAAUUGCGCACGAAAAAUGUGACAUCGAUAAAGCCGAUAAAGAAGGACGAACAGCUUUGAGAGCGGCUAGCUGGUCCGGUAAUGAAGACAUCGUUCGAAUUCUGAUUGCGGCAAAAGCAAAUGUCAAUUCGAUUGAUCGACAAGGAAGAACAAGUUUGAUUGCUGCAUCAUACAUGGGACACUACGAUAUUGUCGAAAUUUUACUUGAGAAUAAUGCAGAUGUUAAUCACACAGAUCUUGAUGGAAGAAAUGCAUUGUGUGUUGCUGCACUAUGUGGAUCAAGUGGUUAUUCAAAAGUUAUCAGUACGCUUUUAGAGUUUGGUGCAAAUCCAAAUCAAACAGAUAAUGAAGGAAUGUCACCAUUGCUUGUCAGCUCAUUUGAAGGAAACGCAGAAAUUUGUGAGCUUUUGCUCGAAAACAGUGCGGAUCCUGAUUUGGCUGAUCAUAUGGGGAGAACUCCAUUAUGGGCAGCUUGUACCAGUGGACAUUCACAAGUCGUUAAAUUAUUGCUUUUUUGGGGCUGCGGUAUCGACUGUAUGGAUUCAGAAGGAAGAACAUGCUUAAGUGUUUCAGCCGCACAGGGUAAUCUUGAAACAGUUCGUCAAUUAUUAGAUCGUGGAUUAGAUGAAAUGCAUCGCGACAAUGCAGGUUGGACUCCCCUUCAUUAUUCAGGGUUUGAAGGAUAUGCCGAUAUAUGUAUUCAAUUACUUGAAUCGGGAGCAAAAAUCGAUGAAUGCGAUAAUGAAGGCAAAACUCCACUUCACUUAGCAGCUCAAGAGGGUCAUAAUGCAGUGAUUCAAGCACUUUUGGAAAUCCAUAGUGCAUGCAUAGAUCAAAGAGCACAUGAUGGUAAAACUGCAUUCAGACUUGCAUGUCUAGAAAGUCAUUUUGAAUGUAUCCAAACGUUACUAAAAUAUGGAUGUGAUGUCAAUUUAAAAGAUGCAGACUCAAGAACCACGCUUUAUAUAUUGGCUCUUGAAAAUAAAUUAAAAGUUGUGAAAUUUUUACUUGAUUUUUCAAACGUUAAUGUUAACAUUCCUGAUUCAGAGGGUAGAACGGCACUGCAUGUUGCUUCAUGGCAGGGUCAUGUUGAAAUGGUAAAAAUGCUAAUAACUAUUGGAAAUGCGGAUGUGAAUGCAUUGGACCUUGAAAACCGUUCACCUCUUCAUUCUUGUGCAUGGCAAGGAAAUCAUGAUGUAAUGCAAAUUCUUCUCUAUUAUGGUGCGAUUCCAGAUCACGCAUGUAAACAAGGUGCAACAGCUUUAGGAAUUUCGUCACAAGAAGGGCAUGAAGAAUGUGUCUCAAUUUUAUUGCAAUAUGGAGCAAAUCCAUUAAAAGCUGACCAUUGUGGACGAACGCCUUUCAAAUUAGCAGCUAAAUCAAACCGAACCUCUGUUCUUAAAAUAUUGGAAAACUAUGUCAAAAACGAGCAUAAUCCAAAUUUACAACUAAAAUCACCAGACAAACCUCAUGAGAAAUCAAUUUUACAACCAUCACCAAAUACACUUCAGAAUCCUAAUCUUUUAAUGGCUAAUAAUAUGACUGGACACAGUCAUGGACAUCAUGCUACAACGUCAACACAAAGUAGCAAUUUUUACGAAAACACUAUGCAUUCUGAUACGAGUAGCGCGAAAAAAAGAAAAAGUGUGAUUUCUAGUCAGUCAACAGGAAGCAGUAACGAAGCUCCAAUAUCUUUCACACAACAGCUACAAAAACAUUCUCGUCACCACAAUUCGAAAAAUUCUAACAUCAUUCAACAGCAAUCUACUGUUGUUGUUGGUAAUGGAAAGAAGCAUACGCAAAUUUUACCAAAUGUGGACGAGUAUCAAGGACGAAAUGUAAAUGAAGCAGAUUUAUUUGAAUGCAUGUCACCACUUUAUGCUUCACCACCGCAUUCACCGAGCAGCGAUUUAAGCUCACCACAUGAUGAUAUGGUUAUGACCAACAAUUUAACGUCUGUUGAUUCAGAACAUUUUGCUAGAGAUACUCAUAUGAGAAUCAUCCUAGGAAAUAAUAUAAAAGAACAAAAAGAAAAAGAAGCUAAAUCGAAUAAAAGAAGCGGAAUCGCAACAAAUCCAGCUAUGCGCUUAAUUCGCAAUCGCAUAGAUUCAGCAGCGAAUCUUAUACGACGAACAAACAACUAUAUCACCUCAGGCAGUCAAGGCUCAUCUAGUAUUGGAGUAAAAUCAAGCACAUUUCAAUGGAGAAAAGAGAGCCAAAUGUAAACAUGAAGAUGAUUAAAAAGUAUAUGAAGCAACAAAAAUGUUUAAGAAAUAAGACAGCUAAGCAUGACAUGAAUUUUAAAUCAGUUCUAUAAGGAAGCUAAAGUAAUGAAUGACGUAAACGAUAUAUUAUAUGAAAAUUUUACUGAAUGAUACUCGCAUUUUUUUUGUUCUUUUAAAAGAAGUUUUAGAAUGAAUAACUUUAGAAAAAGAUAAUCGUAGAAAUAUUGAUUAUGAAACUACAAAGAUCUUAUUCAGGAACAAUAGAGAAUGAUAAAUAUGAACUUAUCUUAAAGUUUUAUUGAUUGUGCAUUAUUCAAGAAACUAGUGUUAUUGCAUUAAACAGAAAAAGUUUCAAACGAUUUCAGAUUGUAGUAAUUAUUAUUACAUUCAAUUUUAUAAUGUCACUAAAAUAUAUUAGAUUAUUUUUCGAAUUAUUCUUGCAUUUAGAAUGUUGAAAACGUAAAAGAAUCGCCAUGCACGAAAAUAUUUAGACAAAAGGAGUUUAGGAAAUUAUCAAAAAUUAGAGUAGUAAUACUCCAUAUACAAUAUUGAGCUUAUCAUUUCAUUACGGAACGUCUCUUCAUACUCAUUAAUGAAAAUUAUGAAUUGGAUUUUAUUGAAUAAUAUCUUCAAAUUAUACAAAAAAAGUUAAUUAUGCAGUUAAUAAAUUUGCAAAGUACUCUGGCUUACCAUAUAUUUUCGUAAAAUUUUUCCAUACAAUCUAUAUAGUUAUGAAAAUAUGAUAUCUUCAUAAGCAGCUACAAAAACUGUCUUGGUUUGAUGCAUAAGUAUUGAGAAAAUACAUAUUUUUCAUGAGUAUGCCAGUUUGUAAGUAGAAAUUCAACAAGCCAUUCUCAUAAUAAACAAUCUAUGAUACAGAGAGUAACCAAAUGAAGCCAUAGACCUUACUUAGACUAAAAAUAGAAAAUCAGUUAUAUUUUUGCACUCAACAAAAAUAUGCAUGCACAAAAGCCGAUAGAACAUGAAGUUAAAAUUACUUUGAUAAUAAAAACAGAAAAACAUGAAUAGCAAUUAAAAGCGAUAAAACAUAACGUAACUGGAACAAUGAAGGAAACAAGAAAGGUCUAAUUUUUUGAUACAUUUAUUUCGUUUUAUGAUUAAAAUUUGCAUUUCAUGACAUUUGUUGUAUUUACACAUUUACUUGAAUCAUAAGAGAGAAAAAUGAACAUAUAUUAAUUAUAUUAACUUCUACAUCAAUUACGUAGUAGCUAGAGCUAAGACAAAAGUUUCAUGCGAUUUUGAUUAUUUUCAAUGAGUUUGUUUGAUUAAUUUAUGCUAGUCGAUUAUGUUCAUAUCCAUGACAUAAAAGUUUAUUUUAUUAAGCCACAUAUUUAUUUUGUACUAUUAAACACGAAAGAUUAGUGAAUAUUUUAUUUUAC